AUGUCUAUUACUGCUCUUUAUGGAACUCUCCAUAAUUAUGAGCAAACCAAGCUUCUCAAAAAGGCAUUAUUAAAGGAUCCCAGAACUUCUUCUCAUGUUGCCAUUCUAUGCAGUGAUACGAGGAAGCCAGUCAGUGAACCUCGUAUUACUUAUCUGACUGAGUCUGAAGAAGAUGCUGUCAGAAAAGAAGAACUUGCUGAAAGCCAUGCUGAUGAUGCUGAUGAUGAGGGUGAUGAACUCUCAGUUAAUGACUUGGCUGACAACAUGGCCAUGAUGGCUACCAACUUCAAAAGGUAUGCCAAAAAGGGCUCUUCUAACUUCUCUACCAGAUCUAAGGUAACCGACCGAAGAACCUUAGAUCAAUCUAAGUCAACUCCUCUUGAUCUGUCAAAUGAGGAGUGCUUCAAUUGUGGCAAGAAAGGUCACUUUGYUGCUGAGUGCAAAAGCAAAAGGAUCUCUAAGCGUCAUCCUUCUCAUCYYUCUAGCCGAUCCUCUCACGAUAAGUACAAGGCAAAGUACAAGAGAGAAAAGGCAAAGAACCAGAGCCUUCAGAGAAAAGGUAAGGGUCUCAUCGCUGAGAUUCAUGACUGGAUUGAUGAGCCAACCUCUUCCUCCAGUGACGAGGACAUGGCACAUCUGUGUCUAAUGGCCAAAAUCCAGAAGAUAGAAGACUUUGUCAAGGGAUCCUCCUCCUCUACUGCUGCUGUUGCUGAUCUAUCUUCUACCUCUAAGGAUGCCAAAGAUCUGGUCAAACCAAAGAAGGUAAAUAACUUAUCCUCUCUCUGUGAAUCUGAAAAGGUUCAAGCUUAUGAUUCUUUAUCUGUUGAUCCUUACAAUACUAGAUCUGCUAAGAAGAAAGCUGACCUUGAAAUCAAAAGUCUAACUAGUCAGUUACAUAAAUGCAUGAAUCAACUGAAAGACUUUGAUAAAUUGAAAAAUGACCUUAAAGAACAAAAGUUAAUAAACAAUGUUCUUAACAAAGAAAAAUCUAAGGUCUUUGAGAAGCUGGAGAAAGAAAAAGUCAUUCUUCAAAAAUGGGCUGGAUCAUCCAAGAACCUAGAUAAAAUUUUACAUGAUCAACUUUCUAUUGAAGUAAAGACUGGCCUAGGUUAUGAUGAUAUGGAUUUGUGUGCUCCUGAUGACUCUAUGUGCAUUUCUUCUUACAUUCUUUCUUCUUCCUCUCCAUCUCACUUAUCUGAUUCUGGCUUAGGACACCGACAGAUAUGGUACUUGGACAGUGGAUGUUCAAGACACAUGACUGGAAACAAGUCCCUGUUGAUCAACUAUGUGUCUGAACCAGGUCCUUUUGUAACCUUUGGAGAUAAUGCCAGAGGUACUACCGAAGGAUACGGUGUUCUUUCUAACGGCUCGGUUACCUUCAACCGAGUAGCUUAUGUGGAUGGAUUGAAGAACAAUUUGUUAAGCAUCAGUGAACUGUGUGAUCUCAACUUCAUUGUGAAGUUUGAAGAAAACCAGUGUACUAUUCUUGACUCUUCUGGCAAGAAGAUAUUAACUGGUAUCUGA